AUGUAAAGCAAAAUAGUUUGUUGUUGCCGGGUUUUUGCUCAGAAAAUGAGCGGAUAUGUGGACGUUUCCUUCCAGUUUCGGUCGCUAUUUUUACGCCAACGACAUGACAUGAGCCCGGCGAGUGUCACAACUCUAUAGGAACGUCGUCUUGUCUUCCGAAAGCGGUUUAAAAUGUGGUGUUUUGUGUGGUUAGUGCUGUUGUGUGGUGUAGGGGACCGGGUACAAGGGUACGGGAAUGGAGCUCCGUUGGAAGCUUGUGUUACGAUGACUCCCGGACAUUUCGGCACUACUGCACAGACUAGUCCGACUCCAUACAGCCUCGUGGCACCUGCACAAUACGUACCUGGUCAAAGUAUAACAGUCCAAAUCACAGGAGCAGACUUUCAGGGAUUCCUUAUCCAGGCUCGAAAAGUUGGAACCACCACUUCUGUCGGUUUCUUCACGGAUCCUCCCAGCAACGUGAGAACCAACGAUUGUCCGAACACGGUGGCGAGAGGCGCGAAUACCGCCACGCACAACAGUCAGGCCACGAAACGGGACUUAUCGCUGACCUGGACACCCCCGUCCGAGGCAGGACAUGGCACGGUCGAGUUUGUCGCUACUGUUGCUGAACAGAAGACAGUAUACUGGACUGAUCUGAAGUCUUCACAGCUGACAGAAACUACUGCAGCUGCAGCAACCACACAGCAGGUUACAACCCCAGCAAGGACAACCCCACUGAGGACAACACCCAGACAACAAGCUACAACCACACAGCCUACAACAGAGCCAGCUGUUGAAAGAGUCAUGUUGGGAACUGUUAGUGGUUGGAUGUUCUACAAAGUUCAGGCGUCCGGCCCGAUGACCAAUGCUAACGUGAAGAGUGCGUGCGACAGUGUGGGCUUGAGUCUACCGUGUUACAUCAACCGUGACGACUGUUCAGAGGCACCGUACUGGAACAGUGACUGUAUCCUCAUCAACUCCACGUGCAGACAGACCCAGAGGAUCGUAUCGGAGGCGAUAUGCGGCGGGAGCGGUCCGGCAAGCUGUGAAGCGAUGAACAACGUUUUUGCGUACAUGCCGGGAUGGCAGGCAGAUGGCAGUGCGUGUGGUGUGGCAACAACGACCAACACGUGGUGCACCAGAGGCGCAAGCUACUUCAGCUUGUAUGCCUUCUGUGCAGGAACAGGGAAUGUUGGAUCAGCUGUGACCUUGAACUCUGACCUCCUGUGGGUCAUUCUCCCAGCAUGCAUCAGCAGGAUGGUGAUGUUGUGAAAAGACAGCAAAAAAAAAA